ACGUGUGCAGCUGAGCGCCAAAAGCCGAUGAGGGAACGCAAUCACGAUGAGAUGUUCCGAGUGCACAUUCAAUUUGACAAAGAUCACGCAACGCACGAGGAUGUCAACUUUGUGGCUCAAUGCACAGCCGGGGAAAAGUACGCCAAAGAAGUUAAAUUCAGCUACACCAUCACUGAUCCCAUGCCUGCCUACAUUUCUGGAGCUGAGUCAUCAGCCGCAGUCUUUGAUGUAGAUGUGAGGAAUGGAAUUUCACCGGAUUCCCCGCGUUUGAAAGGGGAAAUCAUCAUCGGAACCCCGUUGACUCUCGUGCUGAAAAUGAAAGCUGUUCACGCGUAUUUUCUGGACCUCAAGGUUCUCAGCUGUUGGGCCACAUUCGGGGAACCAACAGAGAGCUUCAAGGCGAAGAGAAAAAACUGGGACUUUAGCAAGAUGAGCCCUUAUCCGUUAGAGUUGGUGCAAAAUGGCUGCUCUGUCAGGCCAAAUGUCUUUGGGAAUUUUCACAAGGUUCCUUCCAAGCCGAGCGACAGAGAACUCACUUACUAUGCCUUGUUGAGGGCUUUCAGAUUUGUGGACUCUGACACUGUGGUGACCAAAUGCAAAGUUGUGCUUUGCUAUGGGCAUUGCCCCGGGAACCACAAGCCUUGUGAAAAUCACCAUACACUCACCACAAAGCUUCCGUUUCCCGGGUUCCCUGGGUUGCGGGGCCACGAAGCAGACAUUCCUCAACGCCUUCGACGGGUUGGUGCUCUGGAAAGCUGA